UUCAAAAUAUGAAUUUUAUUUUAUUUUUCAUUCCAAAGACGAAAAAAUAAAAAAGAGGGGAAUUGUUGUAAAUGUGGCUCUUUGAAAUAAAAAGGACCAAAACAAUCCCAAAACAACCCUAAUUUUUUUCCCUUCACAAAAAAGAAAAGAAAAUUCAUAUUUGGAUCCAAAGGGUUCCCAUUAAUCACACAAAACUUUGUGCUUUGAAGGGUGAUGCCAAAUUAAAAAAGUACUUUUGGAAGAGAAACAAAAACAACUAUAGUUUUAGGGUUUUUGUGAUUGAUUCUUGUUGAGGUUAAUAAGCAAAAUAAAAGAGGUUAAAGAUGAUGUCAAGAUCGUAUACCAAUCUUUUAGAUCUAGCGUCUGGUAAUUUCCCGGCAAUGGGUCAACCUCGAGAAAAGAAGCGGUUGCCACGAGUUAUGACCGUUCCCGGGGUUAUUUCGGAGCUUGAUGAUGAUCAAGCUAAUAGUGUGACCUCCGAUGCACCGUCAUCGGCUAUUCAGGAUAGAAUUAUUAUUGUAGCUAAUCAACUCCCGGUUAAAGCUAAGCGUAGACCAGAUAACAAAGGGUGGAGUUUUAGUUGGGAUGACGAUUCAUUGUUAUUACAGUUAAAAGAUGGUUUGCCUGAAGAAAUGGAGGUUCUGUAUGUUGGUUCUUUGAAGGUCGAUGUUGAUCCGGUAGAACAGGAUGAUGUUUCGCAGCUUUUGUUGGAUAAAUUUAAGUGUGUACCAGCAUUUCUUCCGUCCGACAUUUUGACAAAGUUCUAUCAUGGGUUCUGCAAGCAGCAUUUGUGGCCGCUUUUCCAUUAUAUGCUUCCGUUCUCAGCUAGUCAUGGAGGAAGGUUCGAUAGGUCUUUAUGGGAGGCAUAUGUUGCUGCGAAUAAGAUUUUCUCUCAAAGGGUUAUCGAGGUUAUAAACCCAGAAGACGAUUAUGUUUGGAUACAUGAUUAUCAUUUGAUGGUGCUGCCAACUUUCUUGAGAAGAAGGUUCAAUAGAUUGAGAAUGGGGUUUUUUCUACACAGUCCAUUCCCUUCGUCCGAGAUAUAUAGGACCUUACCUGUUAGGGAAGAGAUCAUGAAGGCACUAUUGAAUUCCGAUCUCAUUGGUUUUCAUACUUAUGAUUAUGCACGUCAUUUCCUGUCUUGUUGUAGUCGAAUGUUAGGGUUAGAGUAUCAGUCAAAGAGGGGUUAUAUCGGAGUGGAGUACUAUGGGAGGACGAUUGGGAUAAAGAUCAUGCCUGUCGGGAUUCACAUGGGGCAGAUUAAGUCUGUAUUGAAUCUUGCGGAUAAAGAAUGGAGAGUAGCAGAGCUUAAACAACAGUUUGAAGGAAAGACUGUAUUGCUUGGAGUUGAUGACAUGGAUGUCUUUAAGGGUAUCGAUUUGAAGCUGUUGGCAAUGGAGCAGAUGCUGAAACAGCACCCAAAGUGGCAGGGAAGAGCUGUUCUGGUACAGAUCGCGAACCCUAGUAGGGGAAGAGGGAAAGAUCUUGAGGACAUACAGGCUGAAAUACAGGCAAGUUGCAAGAGAAUUAAUGAGACUUUUGGUCAUACUGGUUAUGAACCGAUUGUCUUAAUUGACAGGCCGGUAUCCCUUUGUGAAAGGUUUGCGUAUUACACUAUAGCCGAGUGCGUUGUAGUCACAGCUGUGAGGGAUGGAAUGAAUCUUACUCCUUACGAGUACAUUGUGGGCCGGCAGGGAGUGUCUGAAUCAGAGUCUUCCUCAGAAUCAAGUGGACCAAAGAAGAGCAUGCUAGUUGUGUCGGAGUUCAUUGGUUGUUCGCCUUCAUUAAGUGGUGCAAUUCGUGUAAAUCCUUGGAAUACCGAAUCAACUGCAGAGGCAAUGAAUGAGGCAAUCUCUAUGUCUGAUGCUGAGAAGCAGUUGCGCCACGAGAAGCAUUAUAGGUACGUUAGCUCACAUGAUGUGGCAUUCUGGUCUCGAAGCUUCUUCCAAGAUUUGGAAAGGACAUGUAAAGAUCAUUUCAGAAGACGAUGUUGGGGAAUUGGUUUGAGCUUUGGCUUCCGAGUGGUAGCUCUUGAUCCUAACUUCAGGAAGUUGUCUAUCGAUCACAUUGUAUCUGUGUAUCUAAGGUCCAAAAACAGGGCCAUACUAUUGGACUACGAUGGAACAGUUAUGCCUCAAACAUCACAUAACAAGACACCAAGUGCGGAGGUUAUUUCGAUCAUAAACGCACUCUCCGGUGAUACGAAGAAUGCCGUCUUUGUUGUAAGUGGAAGAGGAAGAGAAAGUUUAGGCAAGUGGUUUUCCCCAUGUAAAAAACUGGGAAUUGCAGCUGAACACGGUUUUUUCAUGAGGUGGUCUGCUAAUGAUGAGUGGGAACUUUGUGGGCAGAAUAGUGAGUUUGGGUGGAAACAAAUAGCAGAGCCUGUUAUGAAAUUGUACACGGAGUCCACUGAUGGCUCCUCUAUUGAAACCAAGGAGAGUGCUUUGGUCUGGCACCAUCGAGAUGCAGACCCGGGUUUUGGAUCUAGCCAAGCGAAGGAGAUGUUAGACCAUCUCGAGAGUGUAUUAGCAAAUGAACCUGUGGCUGUGAAGAGUGGCCAGUUUAUCGUUGAAGUGAAACCGCAGGGAGUAAGUAAAGGUAUGGUUGCCGAAAAGAUCUUCACAACCAUGUCUGAGAAGGGAAAGCAAGCCGAUUUCGUUCUCUGCAUUGGUGAUGACAGAUCUGAUGAGGAAAUGUUCGAGAUCAUCAGCAAUGCAAUUUCUAGUGGUAUUCUAUCCUCAAGUACAUCUGUUUUUGCCUGCACUGUCGGCCAAAAACCUAGCAAAGCCAGGUAUUAUUUAGACGACCCUGCAGAGGUCUUAAACAUGCUCGAAGCUCUUGCAGAAGCUUCAGACCCCGAAUCCUUCACAGAUACUGAAUCAGAAGGCUCCCUUUGAAACACCCGCCAUCACUUAAUAUCGAAUUUCAUCGAGCCUGUUAUUGUAUUUGUCCACUUGGGAGAAAAGAAUGCCAUAUGCCUGACCUAUGGUGAAGGGUAUAGAUUUCGGUUUCUGCUCGGUCUCGAAGUUCACUAUUGAAAAGGACAUUCAUGAAGGGUUGAGGAGAACAUUUUUUUACAUGAACUUUGAAAAGGGGAGGGAUUCAUGGGGACAAACAUGGGAUCGAAUGCUAUAUGUUACUAAGGUUCGUGCAGUCAUUGACAAGGGUUUAACAUAGAUUGUGUGUAUUGAAAUGCAGUACAGUCAGAGAAGUAUAUCAAUUAAUAUCACAAAAUGAUGACAGUUUCACUUCUGCUGGUGGUGGUAACAUGAAAAGGUUUCUCAGCUGGGUUGAAAAAUCAUCCUGUUGAAAUGAACAUAUUCAAAUGUCAUUUUAUAAUUUCUUUUUUGGAGUGUUUUUUAUCUGUUGGGAUCCAUUCCUUCUGUGCUUUGUUGAAUCUGUAAAAAUUCUAUACAAAUAUUUGUGACUGUUUUUUCUUUCUAUGCUUAGAUUCAUGUGGAAA